CUCGCGCCUGUCGUCAUAUAUCGAUGGGCGCACAGCCAUAACUCCAGCAGCACUCCGUUCACCUCGGAUUUUUCUAUAGUGACCGUAAAAUCUCGGACAAGCUUGGAAGCGGCGAGAAAAAGUUUUACAACCCGUUGCGUCGACUUGGCCUUGACACAGCAGCGCGCGCACCGUCCCCUGGACUUAUACUUGGGGCCGAUUGUCCGAUGCGGCGAGUCGUGCUGUCGAGAGCGACACGGUGUACCGCGAUGCUGUCCAAGGAAGCUUUCAACGUUCUGCUCUUCUGCUGUCUCUUGGCACUGUCCGAUGGCCAGCAGGUACUCGAGUCGGCGAGCGGGCGACUGAAGUACCGCAUAGUCGGCGGCCGGGAGGCGGCUCGAGGCGAAUUUCCGCACCAGGUGUCCCUGCAGCUCGGCUCGAGGCACUUUUGCGGCGGCGCGAUAAUAGCCGAGCGUUGGGUCCUCACCGCGGCCCACUGCGCCACCGCCUCUGCACGGAUCACCGUCCUCGCCGGCAAGCACAACAUCGAGAUCCCGGAGGACAGCGAGCAGGCCGUCCCCGUCGAGGAGACUUUUCUGCACGAGCUCUACUCUGGCCCGGUAAAGCCGUACGACAUAGCCCUGCUGAAGCUCGCGGCUCCGCUGAAAUUCAACGAGUACGCGGGGCCGAUCGGACUGCCAGCCCAAGGAAGCGAAGCCCCGGGCAGCGCGACCCUGUCGGGCUGGGGCUCCGUGUCCCGCACCGACGACCGCAUCGUGCCCACGUAUCUUCAGGCGGCGACGAUGCCGGUCAUCGACCUGGACACCUGCGGCAAGAUGUUCGCCGCCGAAAGCCCGGACUCGAGGUUCGAGCUCAGCGAGGACAACCUGUGCACCGGGCCGGGCUUCAGUCGGCUCUCGUCCUGCAACGUGAGUUGUCGCAGUAGCAGCUCUGCCUGCAGACAUAGCGCGGAUAAUCGAUUCACGGGCUCGUUUCAGGGCGACUCCGGAGGGCCGCUGAUUGCGGGCGGAAAAAUCGUCGGCGUCACGUCCUGGGGAACCAUCCCCUGCGAAGGCGACGCCCCCUCGGUCUACACCAAAGUCUCGUCCUUCAGCGACUGGAUCGAAACUACCAUUGGCAAAAAUUGAUUCAAAUUGAUUCGCUUGAAUAAAAUUGUAUACGCUCAGCAAAUCCAAGCCGCGUCUCGCUCAUUAUUUUUAUCCCCAAGACACUUAUUGAACCAACGAAUCAUCUCUGUUAUGCUUCAAAGCACCAACAAACAGCUGGCACUGCCCGUGGACUCGAGUCUUGGUUAUAUCGAUUAUCUAUUUAUC